AUGGACAAAAUUAUUAUUUUAAUAAAAAAAAACUCUUAUCAUAAACAAUCUCACGAAACCCUUUUCCCUAAAUCACUUUUUCUUCAAAAUCACUUUUCCUUCACAGAUGGAAAAUCUCCAUCAAAAUCACUUUUCACCAUCGAAACCGUUAUUUCUCUGAUCCAAAUCACUACUUCUCCGUCAUCGAAACCGCGACUUCCCCUUCAUCAAUCAAAAUCACCGCCUCUUGUCGCAAACGUGAGGAUAAGUCUCCCAUCGGAAUCUCUGCUUCUCCAUCAUAUCGCUGCUGCAACUUUCUCUUCGGAAAUCGCUUCUUCAAUUGAGAGUUCUGUGGCUUACAUCCGAAGGGCUGCCUUACCGGAUGCGGUGUUGCACACAGGAGGUUCAAUAAAUUUAGGUGAACAUAAGAAAAGGAUGGAGGAGGAGUUAAAACAUACAGUUUCGUUUAGAGACGUGUAUGCUCGAGUUCAUAAGAAAAAAGAUGGAGAAUAUGUCUCUCAACGGUCGAAGUUAUUUGUUGAGUCAUAUGACUAAUUCUUUCAUUGAUUCGAUCCAUGCCAAAAGCACCCAUGCAAAGUGAAGUGCCUGAAAAAACUCAUGGAGAUACAAGGUGAAAGAAUGUUUUCCAAUCUAUUUUGGAAACCAAAGUUAAUAUGGAAGAGUUAAUAUGGAACCUAAGUUGUGAUUUCUGAAUUGGAAAUAAAAUAGAAUAUUAUUGUAAUGUAUAAUGUUUUAGUAUUGUUAAAUAUAUUAAAAAAUUGAUUUUAGAAUAUUAUUGUGAUGUUUAUUGUUUCAGUGUUGUUAAAUAUAUUAAAAAAAUUAAUUUUUUUGUUUAUUUAAUGACUAGUGUAUUUCAUUUUAGUAAUAAAGUAA